AAUGCAUUCUCAUUGUUGGUUAUGGAGUGAAACUGUAGUAAUUCUCUCUGCUUUGGUUUGGAUUCAUAUAUUUGAUUUUGUGGCUAUUUCGUUCAUUCUUGGUCACUGGGGAACCGGUAUUGAAUAAUUUGCAUGUUCUGGAUUAGCAAAGCGGGCCUCCUUUUUUCUAACUGAUGCAAAAUUCCUUCUCUUCAUCAAUCCGGAACUUGUUGCUGUCCAUGGCUUACAUCCCACCGCAUAAACGUAAGGUGAAGGAAGGGGAGCAGGAAUUGCACCCCGAAGUUCUUGCCCCUAAAUUUGAUGAGCAAUUGAGGCUGGGGUCAAGACAUGCUGGUUCAAAAGGUUGGAAGACAAAUGUGCUGCCUUUCACGAUACAAUAUGCUGAAAAUUCAAUCGUUAGAUGUUUCCCAGUUGGAUCAAUGGAAAAUGGUGAACUGCCUGAUUCAAUUUGCUUGGAACCAUUCCUGCGUCCAGAUUCUUUAGACUAUGGGCACCAGACGGGCAGGAAGUACUUUGUUUUACAUCAUGUGAAUGAACCAAAAGAUUCAGAAACUAGCACAUGCCGUGACAAUAAAGAAGAGUGGUUGAACAUAGCAGUGAAGAUACAAUCUGAUGUUGUUACUGCCUUCCAGAAUGUGAGGAAUCUAAUUCAAGAUGAUGAACAUAUAAAACUAAAGCCUUCUUUUGUUGCUCGUAUCGGAAAGAUCCUUUUCCAUAGUAAAGAAUCCAUUAGCCUUGAGAAGUUAAAAAGAGGCUUCCUCACUGAAAUCAAUCCUAAGAGUGGAGUUCGCAAAAUGUUCAACACUGAUGUUACUGAGGAAUAUAUGAGCUUUGUUGAGAAUAAGGUGGUCCAAGAUAUUGGAUUGACGCUAAGGGCGCAGAAAGAUGAGUACCAUUUGAAGAUUGAAGACAAACAGCUACCAGAUUGUGUGCUCACCUGCAGGUGUGUAAAAAAUGCCGAUGGAAAACUUGAGCUGAAAAAGAUAGAAGCAAGCCCCCUCCGACAUUUAGUGGUUGAUUUGUCAUGUGUUUUUCAAGAUUUUGAUCUGAGGAUUAUGUUGAUCACAAAACGGAUCGUGGAAUCUUUUACUGCUGAAGAGAAACAUACCAUAAAGGAAGUUAUAGAGUCAGCUAUCCUUGACCCUGAUGUAAAAGGUGGAUUGAGAUGGUCACUUGGGAAAGAUUCUGCUGGAGGAAGGUUCUACGUACAAGAAUCUUUUCAUAUUCUUUCCAGAUCUUUUGCUGGGCCAACAGUAAGGCUGAAGCUGAAAAGUGCAGAUAGAUUUAAUCUAAGAAGUUCACAUGGGAAGAUUUCUGAAGAAGUUUCUGUGAAGUUAAUUGGAGUAAGCGAGCAUUUGAAGGAAGCUGGUGAUGGAGAUGAAGCUAUGCAGGAGUGUUUACAGGACACACUGAAGUUGAUAUGGGACAAUUUUAUAAACUGCAAGAGCUGAAACCAUUCUAUUUUCUCUUAAGAGUCAUUAUGAAGAGUUUGAAAAUGAUGCAACAUUUUGCCCUUGUUGUUGGUGGACCUUUUUGGAAUGAUGUGUUCAAACUUCAAAGUAGAUGUAUGAUUUUACUGCUCUAAGUUUCUUGCUGAAUAUCUGGUUAAUAGUGUCUAGUGAUGCAUUUCUCCAACAAUGUAUAUGCAAUAAAAUAAUUGUCAGAAUUCUCCUGCGUCA